AACGCACUAUCGUGCAGUUAUCUGCCCCCGCCACCUGUGUCUCAGCCUGAAACCUCUCGUCUUCCUUCUCCGAUUCUCUGCUCGGAGAUUCUCUCCGGAGAGAGCUUCCAUUUCGGGACCUCUCUCGGUUCGCCUGCGUGAUACGCUUCACUCCAUCUGCUCGCGGUGAAACUCGCAUUAUUGCUGGUUUGUUGUUGUUUUGCUAGGAGACUUAGUUAUGGAGUUCACGGGGGAGAGGAGCAGGACUGUGGUCUCUGGGUUGCUUCCCGAGUACGGUGCAAUAUUCAUGUCAAACACCCAUACUAAGAAAGAGUGUCUCAGGAAGAAGCUUUUCGGUCUUCCGUCUUCCUUUUCUGAUUUCGUGAAGAAUGUCAAAGCCGGUAUGGUUCUGUUCCUCUUUGAGUAUGAGCGAAGAUUGCUCUAUGGAGUUUUCGAGGCAGCUUCAGAUGGCGAGAUCAAUAUUAUUCCCACUGCCUAUGGCUCAUCCGGGAAGCGUUUCCCUGCUCAGGUCCUAGUCAAGAGAAUCUGGAAUUGCGAUCCACUUUCUGAACAUGAGUUUUCUAUUGCCAUCAAAGAUAACUAUUUUGGCCCCAAAAAAUUCCAUUUUGGCCUGUCCCAAUAUCAGGUUGAGCAACUCCUUCACUUGUUUAGCUCAAGGAAGAUUUCGAGGGACUUAGAUUUGUUUACAAUAAGAGAGUUCAGAAGCAAACGUAGUAGGUCAUCGGGGAACUCAAAUUCUGGAACUUCUAUUCCUAUGGAUGUGGUGUCUAGUCUUCAGCAAGAUACUGAGACAUCUUGCUUGGACAAACGUGAGGUUUCCAGUCUUAAAAACUCACCAUCUUCUCAGAUAAGCCAGAGCUCUGUGAACUUAUCAAUGAAAUGUCAUCCACAGCAUGAUUCCACGAUGACAAAAGGGGAUAACAGUUCUAGUUUCAUUGAUGACCUUGGUGAUUUCAUACCCUUGUCUGUGCCCUCUGAUAAUGAAGGAGACGUCGAAGAGGGCAAGCUCUUGCUUCUCGAUGAUCGAACCAAAUUUGCUCGUUCUGAUAUUGAUGGAGAUGAAGAUUUGUUUCGGCCAUAUAUUCCAGUUCCUAUUUUUGGCGGUGAAAGAUCUGAAACGAUCAAUACUGAUCAAGAUUCUCCGGUAGGUUCACGUAAGUACCCAUUCCUUGCCAUUGUUGCCGAGUCUUCCUCUGAUGCUAAGCAGGCAAAAUCAGUUAUGGGCUCCCAAGAAUUAUGCGAUGCAGGUAAAGGUGAGGAAAUCCCCAGCAUUAAAAGUCUUUAUUGUGAUACUCCUCACAUGCGGAAAAGUGUCUUUUCGCGCUUGAAUUUUGCCAUAAAAGAGAAACAAGAGGAGGAUAAUCGUGACAGAGUGGAUAAAUUCAUGGAUGAGGUAAUGCGAGAGUUGCAACUCAAGCCUGACCUCCAAUGGGGGACAAAGAAAGAAGCAAGUUCUGCCGAACUGGUGGGUGAAGGCACUAAUUUGAGGAGCAACGUCUUUAAACGGUUAGGUGGUGGGCCCUCAAAAACUAAAAUCACCGGACAGAAAAGGUUGUAUAGCACCAUGGAUGCAGAAUACAUGGAAUUUCUGCAGAUGCACAGUCUCGACUGGGAUGAGGUGACACCAUCAGCUUGUUGAGGGAGACCUGCAUGAUAUAUGUGAGCAAAGGGCCGAGUUUGCAGUGGAGCACCAAACUGAUGAAAGCAGAUAGAGGAAUGUGAAAUGAGCCUGGAAUGAGUUUUGAGGACGUAAGAUCAGCAGAGGAAGAGAUUACUGAACCGAGUGUUAGGUGCAUAAUGCCUUAUUGUACAGUCCGACGAUGAGGAGUUCUUGUAGAUUUGCACAUGGCAUAGUUUUGGGGACUUCAAGUGAAGGUUGUUUCUGUGGGAGCGAUCUCACGUGAAGACUAAAUACCAACUGAUGUUGACAAAAACGAAGUAGAGAACAGCAAGACUUACCGUUUGAUGUUCACUUCUAUCUCAACGUAGUGUUUGAUAUUAGCUAGCUGCUUAUGACAUUUUGCUUAUUGUCAGGCAGUUUGAUGGAAACCUGUAGGUAGACCUUUUCAUUUUUACCCAUUUUGUGCACGUGCAAACUGGGAAACUCAAUGCAACUUUUGCUGUUAUUCGACAA